AUGGCAGCGAAAUUUGUAGCGCGAGCGGCAUUCCCGCCAGUCGAGUCUCUUCCUAGGUCCUACUUCCUCGGUCAUCAUGCAGCUGGUCUGUCAAAGAUGAACACGCUGUUGUCGCAGAUUGACCUGAUCGUCGAGUGCCGUGACUACAGAGUGCCACUAACCUCUCGUAAUCCUUUGUUCGAACAGAGUCUAGCAGGUCGCGAGCGCAUCAUCAUCUAUACCAAGCGUGACUUGGGGAGCAACAACAAGCCGCUGGACAAGGAGAGGGAAAACAUCAUUCGCAAAUGGCACAAGCCCUCUGAAGUCCUCUUCUCCGAUCACAAGGACAAAAAGGACAUUCGCAAAGUCCUCGACUUCGCUCGUCGCUACUUCGAGAACAGCACCUCUCUGACUGGAUCGCGCAUCAUGGUCGUCGGCAUGCCCAACGUCGGAAAGUCAUCCCUGCUCAAUGCACUACGGAAAGAAGGAGUUGGAAAGGGAAAAGCUGCACAUACGGGCGCCCAGCCAGGUGUCACACGAAAGAUCUCGACAAGCGUCAAGAUCAUCGACAGCACAGAGGAUGGCGAGGGCGUCUACCUGCUUGACACUCCCGGUGUCUUCAUACCAUACGUCCCUGACGCCGAAGCCAUGCUGAAGCUUGCCCUGUGCGGCAAUGUCAAAGACACCAUCAUCCCUCCUACCACCCUUGCCGACUACCUCCUCUUCCGUGUCAAUUUGAUUGACCCAAAGCUCUACAAGGAAUACUGCCCGCCUACAAACGACAUUGUUGAGCUGCUCAAUGCUAUAGCCAACAAGACCGGUCGUCUGCAAAAGGGAGGCGCGCCAGACACCGAAGCUGUUGCUCUAUGGAUGAUACAACGCUGGAGAAACGGCCUUUGGGGUCGCUUCCUUCUGGACGAGGUCUCCGAGGGUGGUUUGCAACAGAGAAUAUUCGAAGAGUCGAGUAUGGGCGGAAGUAUGAACCAGGCACGAAGAGCUGACAAAGAGGCUCGCAAACUGCGUAACAACAAGAGACAUGCCGGCACCAGCGACUGA